CGAGACUGACUGCGGCGCCCUAUUUCCUUUCCUCGCUGUAAGUGCGAGGGCUCCGGCAGAAAUCAAGUCAUCAACCGUCACAAACUUUAGUCACAAACAGCGUUUAACUUUCAUUCGUAGGCAAGCAACACACCCAGCGGUUCAUAAAUUAGGCCCGGGUGUGGUUUCUGAAGCGCCUCGGCGUGUUUUAGGCGUUUGUUUGAGGCGUAAACAGUGUAAAACAGGAGUUGUGGGUGGGUUUGACGGUUAUGGCAGCACCGCGACCCAUUAAAGGGAUUCUGAAGAACAAAUCCAGUAUAAAAGCCCGACCAGAAGAGCCAGUCCAGGACAUCCCAGAACAAGGAGCCCCUUUCAGCUCUGAAGACGACCCACAGAAGAAGUCACAGAAAUGGGAUGAAAUGAACAUUUUGGCCACAUAUCACCCGGCAGACAAGGACUAUGGGCUGAUGAAGAUAGACGAGCCCAGCACGCCAUACCACAGGAUGGUCGGCGAUGACGAGGAUGAGGGGGCGCUCAGUGAUUCGGACGGGAACACAGUCCUACCAGGAGAUGACCUCGCUAAGAAGCUGGCGGAAGCGGCAGCGGCGGAAGGCACAGGAUCUCGCUUCAUGGAGGAGCCUGAGGAGGAGAGCAGUGAGGAAGAGGAGGAGGAGUUGAGUCCGGAGGAGCAAGUCAGAAAGAAGCAGUUUCAGAUGAUGAGGAAGAUGCAUUAUAAUGAAGGUAUGAACAUUAAACUAGCUCGGCAACUCAUCGCCAGUGAGCUGGAAGAGGAGGAAGACGAGGACGAAGAGAUGAAGGAUGACACAGAGACCGAGGACAUCACCGUCGACCCCCCACAAGAUGCUGAUUCAUUGGAUUCCUAAGGAUGUCAAGAUCUGUCCAUCAGCUCCUGCCUUGUCCCAUGAGCGUCUGGAAGGCGCAGCAUCGUCACUGGUUCAGCUCCAGGACUCCCCUGUACCCCGUGUUUCCACCGACACCGCAAUGCCACGCAUAUCAUCCCUCAUUUGCCAAACGUUCACUUUCAUCCCGCUAGAAACGAGACUGUUAUCAAAGUGCUCCAGGCCUGGACUCCACCCUCUUCCUGUGGCGAGAGCGUGGGGGGCCAGCCAUUCUGAUUCCCCACUCGCUGGUAUUGGGUUCAGUGCGAUCUGAACAGCAUGCUCUGGGAAAAGGGGACGGAUGUGGUUUUGGGCUUUGACACACACCGCUCACAUGAGCUCUACUGUAUGCAUGGCUUCUGAAAACCAUGUUUAAUUACAUUGGCACUAAUAUUAUCAGCCCUGUGUAUGAUUAACAGGCGAGUAUUACAGAACUAGAUAGAAAACUACUGAUCAGUAGACUGAACCCUUUGGUUGUCUCUGUUGCUUUUCCGAAACUGCAUAAGCUUUAAUAGAUGCUGAACAGUUCUGACGGUUUUUGACUUGGCAUCCUUAUUGAGCUUUGUUUGUUUUGAUUGCCUUUUUUUUCCCUAAACACCAGUAUAAUGGGGUUAUUUGUUUCUAUGAUUACUGAAGAAUAUAAUUAUCCUGUAGUACUAAAUAAAAGAACAAAAUAAUAAUUUUGAUAUAUUGACCCAGCAAUUUGUCGUCUGAAAUCGCAGUUGUUAUUCUGGUGUAUUUAUCAAUUUAUAGUCAGGAAUACUCACACAAUAUAUGUAGGUUGUUUUUAAAAAAAAAAAAAAAAAAUGCUAAAUGAGUGAAUACCGCAAAACCUGACAAGAACUUGUCUAGGUCAUAUUUUGGCUUCAAAAUCAAAAGGGAGUGUAUAUAUAUUCCCCCCCCCCCCCCAUUACUGUAAAAAGUAAUUCUCUGGAAAUAAAUGAAUAUUCAGGCUUGUUACAGUAUGAAAAAAAAAACUCUAAUAUAUUCUGAUUAAUGUACUGUAAAGAAUAUUAUGACUCAUUACCGAGAUGCAAAAAAAACACCUCUCUUUACUGUAAUAUGAAAACUGAAACAAAUAAUACAUCCAGAUGCAUUACAUUAAUUAGUAAAUAAAAACAAAUAUUUUAUAGAAACUCUAUUCGCUUAAUUUGUGUAUAAUUUUAAUGAAAUAACCAAAUAAUAAAAAUGUUUUGUUCUUUUGAUUUACUGAAAAAUAAAUAAUAAUAAUAAUAGUAACAAUAAUAAAUAAGUUCUUGACAGGUUUUAUGAAAUUCACCCAAAUAUAUGGACACAGUGUUUCUGCCUGAAUGCAUUGUAGACCCUUUUCUGGCGACUGUGUUUAUUCUCCACAUAAAGACGGUACAAUCAUUGGUGUGAGGUCUGUUUCUGAGAUGUUCCCGUCGUUGUGAAUGUGUUUUCACUCGGCCUGCUCUCGACUGAGUGAUGCCAGGAAAUGUGUCGAGUUCUUGCAGUCUUUCAAAAACAGUGCUGGACACAUUGAACAUAAAAGCACUUAGCCUGUUUCUUAAUUGGUUAACUAUUUUUAAUGAGAAAGAGGAAAGGUCUGGAAUAAUCCUGCAGUGUCCCAUCAGUCAUCGACAUGGAUUGCGCUCAUAUUUGACUCACUGGCUUCUUAUGAUCAAGUCAAAUAUAGUUUAAUCCUACAUUCAUACAUUCUCAAGCACAAAUGCUUUGAUUUUAUCAUUAUGUUGAACUUUCUUCUUUUUCUCUCUUCUUCACGCGUUUUGAGUAAUUUGACAAUUUCUGUGUCCAUUGUAUUCCUCCACAAGAUUUUGUUUCAUUCCCUAAAUAGAUGUGCAUGUUCUUCAAAUGAAAAUGUGCAUAUUUGUCAGUCAUUAAAAUGUUGGUAUGAACUUG